UUCACACUUAUUAAAUAAUCAUCAGUGUACUUUCAUGCUUUUCAUGCUUAAAACAACAUUUAAAACCUACAUUGAUAGCUGUGCUUGAUGCAUAAAGUGUACUUAUCUUGUGACAGAGAAAGCCAAAGUAUUCAGCAACACGUCGGCUGCUUUUGAAGUCAAAACUGCUGAAGAAGGCAGCUUCUAUGCUGGUGGCUGAAAGUGAAGCAAAGAAACAAGAGAAAGAAAGAGUUGUGAACGAGUCCUUCCCUCCACUGAAGCUGUCAGGUCUGUCAGUCCAGGAACUGCAGGAUCUUUGUAGAGAACUACAUCGUAAGAUUGAUGUUGUAGAUGAAGCACGUUAUGAUAUGGAGGUCAAGGUAGCCAAAAAUGAGAAAGAGAUCGAGGCACUGAAUCACAAGAUCAUUGAGCUGAAAGGUGUAAAGCGACCAAACUUGAAGAGGGUGAAGAAAACGGCAGACGACAUGAUGUCACACACCGACACCUCCAAACUCAUGAAGGCUGAUUUCAAGGCCAACCUUAAGACAGUGAAGAAAGAAGAAGAAAAGAGGGAAGAAGUGACUGACUGGCGUAAGAACGUGGAGGCCAUGUCUGGAAUGGAGGGCAGGAAGAAGCUGUUUGAUGCUGGACAAUAAAAUAUUAAACAGGGUUUUGUUAGCAACACAUCUUUUUUUUUUUUUUUAAUUAAAUCCCUUUGAUCAUCUUUAUUUCAGAAUCACUGUCCAAAUACAAGAAGGUUUCCAGCCACGAUGAAACAAAACUGUUUUUGUAAAGAAUGAUUUCAGUUGUAAAACACUUAAUAAAUGCACUAUUUAGACUACACUGUAUUAAAAUAGCUUUGAUUUUGAUUUAAUGUAAACUUGUAUGUAGAGAUUAACACUGUAUGCAAUUAAUGUAAUUAUAUAAAUUGUAUAGUAUAUAGUACCCUUUGCAUACUGAAAAUGUAGUAAAGAAAAGGCUGAUAAGUUGUAUAAGUGAGAAGUUGGUCUUGUAAAGUGCACUAUUUACAUUAAACAGAAGAUGGCACUGUCCCACUAUCUGUAAUACAUGUGAUGCUAAUUAAACAACCAACAUCA